AUGAUUGGUGGUAGUAUUAACAGUAAGAAGAGGAAGAUGAGAUCAGCAAAGUAUUAUGGAUUACAGAGUUUUCUCCAGCCUGGUUGUCCAAUUUCGCUUUCAGGUACGUUUCGAGAUAAUGUGCGAUUAUUUCUUCAGGAAUGUGGCCAGGUUGAGGAUUAUAAUGUGGAAGGAAUGCCGAUAUGGUGCACGUUUCUGGUUCAUGAAAAUAGGGGUUUUGUGCUUCCAAUGUAUACUAUUGAAGAGUGUGUUAAGAACUCUCUUCAACCACUGUGUGAUCACUGCCGAUGCUCUGGUUGGAGUCACCAUUUCGUAUCGAAGAGAAAAUACCAUUUCAUUAUCCCAAUUGAUAACGAAUGGAACAAGCCUUUAGACGAUGGUGUUCUUGAUCUUCAAACUCACAUUUUACAUGGUCUAAUCCAUUGCAACGGAUUCGGUCACCUUCUUUGUAUCAAUGGAAGCGAAGGUGGAUCGAACUUCAUUUGUGGCAGAGAAGUUAUGGAUCUUUGGGACCGAAUCUGCACAACUCUUCAUAGCAGGAAAAUAAGCGUGGUGGAUACAUCAAAGAAGCGAAAGAUGGAUCUUCGGCUUCUUUAUGGGGUAUCCUAUGGGCACACGUGGUUCGGAAGAUGGGGGUACCAGUUCUGCCAUGGAAGCUUCGGUGUGACCAAAGAUACAUACGAUCAAGCACUUCAAAUCCUAAGUUCUCUUGAACUCGAUAUUAUCGUUCAUAAUCUGCAGCAUUUCUCCGUCAAGAAGAUCAUCUGCCGAUAUAGGGAUCUAAGCGAUACAGAAUUGCUUACGAUCCGGGACCUCUUUAGAUUCAUGCUUGCACUCAAGUUCCGAACCCCAGAAAAGAAAAACAUCGAUCAACCAAAACCAAAGUUGAAUUUAACGAAAAAGGAAAAACAGGGGAGGUGCAGAAAGUUUUCGAAUUUGGCUGCGAAAUUGGACAGUCGAUGGCACGUAAGAAGGCUCGAGCAUGUUGCUAAUGUGGUCGUGGACGCUCUAAAAGAAAAGAAAGCACAAAACGGGAACGGAAAUUGCGGGAUGAGCCGGCAGGAGGUUCGAGAUACAGCCCGGCUCCACAUUGGUGACACGGGUUUGAUCGAUUAUGUGCUGAAAUCUAUGAAUAAUGUGAUCGUUGGAGGGUACGUGGUUCGUCGUGCAGUGAAUUCUUGCACGGGUGUUCUUGAGUAUUCGCUUCAAGAGAUCACAGACAGCCCGAGUCGACUCGAUCAAGAUUCGGAAGAGAUCGAUCAGGGCCGAGUCGACUCGAUGAUUACGAGAUACAACCCGAUAUCAGGGAGCGAUAUAUACAGAGAUCUGGCUUACUUGUAUCAUCAUGUUCUGUUGGAUUCCGAUUCGGAAACGGUCGAGUUUGCCAUCAGGACGGUUUUGGACAGCAAAAACUUCACGAAAGAGUGGCCAUUUAACGAUGAUGCUGAUGAAUUCUUGCGAUUUAUUUGCCGAGUGAUUCCGUUAGUUCCGACCGAGAGAAGAAACUCGGUGGGCGAGCAAUUGGUGGUCCCGCUUCAUGCCACAAUCCGCGAUCUAAAAGCGGUGGCCGAGAUCGCAAUGCGGGAUACAUAUUGUGUUAUGGAGAACCUGAAAGUGAGGGAGAUUGUGGAAUUAGAAGGUUUGGCUGAUGAUGAGGUAAUCUUCGGGACGCUCGAAUCGGGAUCGGAGAUUUCUGUGCGUGGGUCCGGGGUUGAUUUGUUGACGACUAGCGACUUGAACUACGAAGGCGGGGCUGACAACUGGGUGGUGAACUGCAAAUGUGGGGCCCAGGAUGACGACGGCGAGCGGAUGGUGGCAUGCGAUCUUUGCGAGGUUUGGCAGCAUACACGGUGCAGUGGUAUCGACGAUUCCGAGGCGGUCCCGCCGCUUUUCAUGUGUUACAGGUGUUGCGAUUCUAUUGGUCCGCAGAAGUACCCAAAACAGAUCGAUAGCUUCACGGACUGGAUGAUGGUACCGAUUGUCGGAAACACGCAUAUCGAUUUGUUUAACUAG